GACAUAUGUUUUUGUGACAAAAACACAUUCUUGUUUGUAAUGAUUUUCUUCAAACUUCAUUCACUGUCGAUGAAGUUAUAAAACACAGGUAAAUGAUCACAAGGCGCUUUCUUAUCGGUCAUAUUUAAAUUUCUUUUUUGUUUUAAUUUUGAAACGUGAACUAGCCUGAAGAUAAUCGGCUUUACGCCAUUAGACCUAGACAAACAUUUUCAUUUCUUUUUUAAUUCAUUUUAGUUGAUGGGACCUUUGAUUCUGGCUGGAUUUCUCCAUUGUCUUAUCGGUGCCACUGGUCUAGCUGGCAAAUUGCUACGGUUUGUGGGCCCAGUAACUAUCGUACCGGCCAUUCUUCUGAUGGGCCUAUACAUUGUUAAACCUGCAAUGCGGUAUACAGAGGCUCACUGGGGCAUAUCUUUUAUGACAUGGGCAAUAGCUGUGACUUUAUCCCUGUAUCUAGGACAUAGACCAAUGACUAUACCUGUAUGGACAAGAAGGAAGGGGUUCCAUACCAUACGAUAUCCGCUUCAUCGAGUAUUUGCUAUUUUGAUUUCAAUUUUGAUCGGUUGGGCAGUUUGCGGUAUAAUGACAGCAGCUGGUGCAUUCCCUGCGGAUAAAACUAAUAAACAAUACAAUGCUCGCACGGACGCUCGUGCGGAUGUCAUAUAUGAAUCUGAAUGGUUCUACUUACCCCAUCCAGGACAAUUUGGACUUCCCUUGUUCAGUGUUAAUGCAAUUGUCGGAUUCCUUAUCGCAACCAUCACCUCAAUUCUUGAUUCUGUUGGAGAUUACUAUGCAACUGCGGCUAUGUGUAAGGUUCCGCCACCACCUAGUCACGGCAUUAAUAGAGGGAUAGCAGUAGAGGGAUUUUGUAGCAUGAUAUCUGGGUUUUUUGGUGUAGGACACGCAACUACAACAUACGGCGGUAAUAUCGGAGCUAUAGGGAUGACCAGGGUGGCUAGCCGCCAUGUGUUUAUCACAAUGUCUGGUAUCUAUAUUGUGCUGGGAGUACUUGCCAAGGUGUCUGCAGUAUUUAGCAGUAUACCAUACCCUGUACUCGGAGGCGGUAUCAUCACAAGUGCUGGUGUGUUUGUUGGCGUGAAUUUAUCUAAUUUAAAAGUCAUAAAUUUGUCAUCUGCAAGAAAUCUGAUAAUCAUUGGGACAGCAGUGUUUGUUGGUCUUCUUGUACCAAGCUGGAUGGAGAAAAAUCGAAGUCAAAUUGAUACAGGGAUUCUUGAACUAGAUCAAGUGAUCACGACGUUUCUUGGAAAUCCAAACUUCCUGGGCGGGUUCAUAGCCUGUUUUAUGGAUAAUACUAUUCCAGGGACAGACAAAGAAAGGGGUAUAGCUGCUUGGAAAAACCCUGAAUCCCGAGAUACCGCGAUACAUUACAUAGAAGGAAAGGAGGUUUAUGAACCACUUAUUCCAGAAUGUUUAAAGCGUCAGAGAUGUUUGAGGUUCAUACCAAUAUUUCCAAACUAUAGCAAGGAAAAUGUAAAGACGAACGGAAAGCGUAACGAAGGUUAUGCUGAGGACGGUUUUGAUGAAAUGAACACGAACAUUUGAGUUAUUGGAAAAGCGAAAUCUAGUAUCCAUAAAAUAUUAUUGACGAUUAAAAAGUGUAACUGAACUGUAAAUAGAACUUUUGAAUAUAUAAAAUAUUUAUACAAUCUAGCUAUGUAGCUGUAUGAUGUACUGUCAA